AUGACUGGUAAGCCUCCGAACUUGCAAAACUAUCAUCGAUUUAACUGUCAGACACAAAAGCCCUCGACGAGACUCUGAAGUACAUGAACAAGUGCAUUCAAUUGGGCCGUUUCGAGCCGCCCAACCUCGCGGACAUCUAUGGCACCGCUGCUCUUGUGGCCAACGGGACCGCCCUUCCGAGUGAUGUGCUCGUGAAGCUCAAAGAGUUGGAGGCGCGCAUCGGGACGUUGGCGAAGAAGUUGACCGACGAUUACGAUGGUUUGGACGUGCUUAUGGCCAAGAACCUCUUCUACACGGUAGGAUUUUUAGACAUUAGAUCAAUUCAAGAACUUUUGGUUUUUUUCAGGACUACAUCCAAAAGCUGCUGACAAUCACCAAAUUUGCGCAAGAUACCCUGUUCAAUCCAACCCAGGAAGGGUUCGAUCUACUUGCCGGAGUGUACCAGAAGAAUGAUUUGAGUGCGGAUGCGGCUGUAAGGCAUUGAAAAUGUAAUCGAUUUAUUUCGUUUUUUUUUUGUAGCAAACCAUCAGUUUCAUGUCACUGGACAACAGUAAUCCGAUCAAAGUGGCCAUGAAUGCGGACGCGACAAAGUCGAACACGACAUUCGUAAAGUGGAGGGACAUUGUCGACGGGUAUCUUCAGCAUUUUGUAGGUUUUAGCUCGAUUUUAAACCAUAACAACACCUUUUUAGCUGUUUGUGGAGGCAUAUUUGAAACGACUCGUGUUCGGCGAGGACAACAAAGACGGCGAAGAGCUGGAGAAGUUGAUCAAAGAGUUGGAGAAGAAGUAUCCGGAAUGGGAAGACGCAUACCGGCCGGAUCCAUUCUCGGAUGACGUGGCGGCGAUUGUGGAGCACGUGCAAGACAUGAAUGUGGACAACGAGGCGAGAGCGGACAUUCUUAUCGAUUACCUGAGACGGAUGUUUCCCAAGUGAGCAGUCUUCUCAAGUUAAGCAAAACGUCAUAAUGUUCAGGGACACCUUCCACGUGCUCGUUUUCAAUGAACCCACUCAAAGCACCGAUUACGCCUCGUACGCAUUGGAGGGAAAACAGGCAAAGCACUUUCGACACGGAAAAAGUUGGGUUGUGAUCUGCCGGAGCGACGAGUAUCAUGCCUUCACGGCCGAACAAGUCCGUGAUCUGCGAAGAGAAGUCAAGAAUGUUGGAGCUAUCGAUUUGAGCGGCACACAGUGAGCUGACGAUUCUUGAAAGCGGUAAAAUGUGAAAACGUUUCCAGGUUUGAGAGCAUUCCCCAAAAGUACAUGGAGUCGUUCGACGCGUUGUUCGGAGAAAAGUUCGUAGAAACUAUUCGACCCCCCAAAACUCCAUCAAAAAUGUUUAGGCAUGGAAGCAUGUCGGUGAUCCAAGAGACACAAAAGCUCGCGGUCCGAGUGGCUCCAAUACCCCCUGGAAAGGCGCCGGGAUGGUCGACCAAAGUAUCGAUUCGUGGAUCGGAUGGCAAUCCGACCACCUACUCUCUGAUUGCAGUGUACAAGUGA